CCAUCCCCAUUUUCCAUUUUCUUCCUCCCAAAAAUAAAAAAAUUACAUCUCUUUCUUCUUUUCUAUCUUUAAAGACUCACUUCAUAGGGAGUGGGUCAAUUUUUUGUGCCAAAAAAAAAAAAAAAACUUUUCCAAUUUAUCUGCCAAAAAAAAAAAAAAAACAACAACCAAAUUCAGCUCAACUGCUUCUCUCUGCCGCCCAUUCCUUUCGUCUUUGCGACCUUGUUCUGUGAAAUCCUUCUAGGGUUAGCGCUUUCGGACGACGUCGUCUCGUGGACGCCAUGGCCGUCUCGACCAGCUUUGCCGGCGCGAAAUUGGAGGCUCUGCUGCUGAAUACGGCGUCGUCCUCGAGGGUUUCCUCGGCUUCUUCUUCUUCCUCGCAGUUGUCGUCUUUCUGCAAGCCGAUUCGGAGCCGGAGAGUCCUAAUUCAGAGGGGCGUCCGCUGCGAGGUCGCCUCCUCCGAUGCCUCGCUUCAGACCGACAAGCUGGCCUCUUCCAAUAUCUCCGCUCUCGAGCAGCUCAAGACCUCCGCUGCCGACAGAUAUACAAAGGAGAGAAGCAGCAUCAUCGUCAUUGGGCUUAGUGUUCAUACUGCACCUGUGGAAAUGCGUGAAAAACUUGCAAUUCCAGAAGCUGAAUGGCCUCGAGCCAUAGGGGAGCUGUGCGGUUUGAAUCAUAUUGAAGAAGCCGCUGUACUAAGCACCUGCAACAGAAUGGAGAUAUAUGUUCUGGCUCUAUCUCAGGAUCGUGGUGUUAAAGAAGUGACAGAAUGGAUGUCAAAGACAAGUGGAAUCCCUGUUUCAGAGAUUUGUGAGCAUCGCUUUUUACGGUUUAACAAAGAUGCUACACAGCAUCUCUUUGAAGUAUCAGCAGGUCUCGAUUCUCUUGUCCUUGGAGAAGGGCAAAUUCUUGCACAGGUCAAACAGGUUGUCAAAGUUGGGCAAGGAGUUGUUGGCUUUGGCAGAAACAUCAGCGGGCUGUUCAAGCAUGCAAUCACCGUGGGAAAGCGGGUUAGAACUGAGACUAACAUCGCUGCAGGAGCAGUUUCUGUGAGCUCUGCUGCUGUUGAACUGGCCUUGAUGAAGCUUCCUGAGUCCUCACACGCAACUGCCCGAGUGUUGGUGAUUGGAGCUGGAAAGAUGGGAAAGCUUGUAAUCAAACACCUGGUAGCAAAAGGUUGUACAAAAAUGGUGGUUGUGAAUAGAAGUGAGGAAAGAGUUGCGGCCAUUCGUGAGGAGAUGAAGGGUGUUGAGAUAAUCUACAAACCCCUUACUGAGAUGCUAAUUUGCGCUGCUGAAGCUGAUGUCAUCUUUACUAGCACAGCAUCAGACACCCCAUUGUUUUUGAAAGAGCAUGUCAAGGACCUUCCUGCUGUUGGUCAAGAAGUCGGGUGUUUGAGGCUUUUCAUUGACAUUUCUGUCCCUAGGAACGUGGGUUCAUGUAUUUCGGAUGUCGAAACUGCACGAGUUUACAAUGUGGAUGAUCUUAAAGAGGUUGUGGCUGCCAAUAAAGAUGAUCGUCUGCGGAAAGCAAUGGAGGCUCAGGCAAUUAUUGCUGAAGAAUCAAAACAAUUUGAAGCUUGGAGGGAUUCUCUGGCGACGGUUCCUACCAUUAAGAAAUUGAGAGCUUAUGCGGAAAGAAUCAGAGCUGCAGAGCUAGAGAAGUGCUUGUCAAAGAUGGGAGAUGAUAUCCCAAAGAAAACAAGAAAAGCGGUCGAUGAUCUUAGCCGAGGUAUUGUGAACAAGCUGCUUCACGGCCCAUUGCAACACUUGAGAUGCGAUGGCAGUGACAGCCGGACCCUGAAUGACACGCUCGAGAACAUGCACGCUCUUAAUAGAAUGUUCAAUCUCGAGGCGGAAAUAUUGGAAGACAAAAUCCGAGCCAAGGUGGAACAAGCCCAGAAGUAAACUUACUAUGAAAAUUUUCUUUUACAAUACGUCUAUAUUACUUUCCUGAUUCCGAAUAAGGGUCAACGUCCUCAUAUUCAUGUUUCAGUGUUUGCGUGGGUUGUAACUAUUAGUGGAAUUGAUUGAAAAAAAGUGUUGGUCCUUUGUAAGGACCUUCCAAUACAUUCGUCGUUGUAAGACACUUUUGCCUAACUCUCAUUUGCCUUUCCUUUAUGUCUACUGCGUGUCGUUCAGUAGCCAUUCGGCUUUGUAGAGAACAAAGUGAGGAAUACCAAGAUGAGCUUAAUCUAUGUACGGAGUUCUCUCUUUUUUCUUUUUUCUUUUCCUCUCUAAAGGUCUGUAUCUUUGGAACUUUUUGUUGUUGUAAUUAAUUCACUGAUAUUAAAACAUUGA